ACCAAUUAUUUUCAAUAGAAAACAAACUAAAAGAAUAAAAAAAAUUACACACAAAUGGGAAAAUUUCCACAACAAUAACAAUAACAAUAAAAUAAAAAAGGAGGAAAGCCUUUUUUUAAAAAAGGUGGUAAACAGGACAACAAGGAAAAUAGCAAUUUCGUCCCUAAAAUGUCCAAAGUUUUUAACAAGAAAGCCAAUCCCCAAAUUUAAAAUCGCGAAGGCAAAUUGCAAUUAUCUAACAAUGCUUUCCACAAAACUAAAAUUUGCCCCUAUUUUUUGAAUGCAAACUGCACAAAAGGAGACAAAUGCGUCUAUGCUCAUAGCUAAGAAGAGUUGAAAGAGGCUCCCAAUCUUAAGAAGACCAAGCUCUGCCAAAUGUUUGCAAAGGGAAAAUGCAAUCUUGGAAAUCACUGUUCAUUUGCACAUGGUCUUGAACAAUUGCGCUCAACUAACUCAUUCUUUAAAACUACCAUCUGUGUUGGAUUUACUAAAGGUAGCUGCUAAAACGGAGAUAGCUGCAGAUAUGCUCAUGGCGAGUCUGAACUCAGAAAUCCAGUUCAUGAAAAAGUAGUUCUACAGAGAUAGGAUAAAGAUUAAAAUAAUAAAUAACUUAAUUAAGCACCUAACACUUAAAUACCAAUUUAGAACAACUAAGUCUAAGCUGAAGAAGAGGAUGAAGAAGAUGAUGACGAAGAAGGACAAGAAGAACAAGAAAUCAACUUGGGAAAUUAACAACAAGGUUUUAAUAUGAACAAUAAUAAUAUGAACAUGAAUAAUCCUAACAAGGGUAAGAAUUAAUAAAAUUAAUUCUAAUAACAAAACUAAAUGUAAAAUUAAUAAUAAAACAUGACUAAUUUCAAUCAAGUAAAUGCAACACCUAACUAAUAAAAUAAUGGCUUUAUGGGAAAUACUAAUUUCCCAGCAAUGGCCAUGAAUGGUUAGGCAUAAAACGCAUUCAACUUUGGCAAUUAAUAGUAAAUGAACGCAAUAUAAAAUAACAUGGUGAGUCCUAUGGGCGGUUUAAAUAAUAAUCAAGGAUAGUAAAAUAAUAAUAAAAAUAACAACAAGCAAAACAAGAAAAAUAAGUAAAACUAAAAUCAAUAAAAGUAAGAUCCUUCAUUAUAAUAAUUCAAUUUCACAAGUAAUCAAGAAAGAUUUACCACUCAAGGAAUAUAAGAUACCCCACAGAUGAAUCCUAUGACUAAUGGAUUUGGCAACAUGGGUAAUAUGAAUAAUGGAUUUGGAUAAUUUAACUUUACUGUAUCUUGA